AUGUUGUAUAGGUAUUCAGAUGGCAAAAUGACGGAAAUCAACGUGGUAAAUAGAAUUGAAGGAUACUGCAAUUCACAGGAAGAUAUUUUCACAUUUGUGAGACAUUUUCGGGUGAAGAUGGAGUACAGUGUUAUUGGUAAACUCAUGAAGAGGCUAAAAGUAGCUGAAGGGAAGGAAAAUUUUCUUAUUCGGGAAAAGUUGAAUAAGGCCAUGAUGAUGGUAAAAUCGAAAGAAGCAUAUGAUCCAAAUGAUUCCACCAAUUAUGGAAUCAUUCAGAAUGAUCAGUUACGAUCUUGCGUUGAUCUUCUACAAGAUGCUGGGUUUGAAAGGGUGCAGCGGUUGAUACAAGGUGGAGAGAGUAAUGAUGACUUACAGUUUAGUAACAUGAAGGAGAAGAAUACUAUAAUAAUGGAAAAACCUCAUCAAUUAGACAAGAUACUUGAGCAGAACCUGUUGGCAUUGGAUAACUCCUUUCCAAACAAAGAGAAGAUCCUCGAGGAAGAAAUUAGAGAUCUUGCUGAGGAAACAAACUCAUCGAUUGAGACGAACAGAACACCUCUCUACAGAAAAAUAUGCGGAUGCCUAUUCUGCCUUUCUUAA